AUGAUGCUCUCACGACGUGUUCUCACUAAAGAGGAAGAAUCAGAAACGACAGAAAAUGAAGUGACGAAGGAGGAUCAAGACAAGAUUAACGAGUUUUCCCGCUUACACAAUCGAAGCAAGGCUCUUGAAGAGGAACUCGAAAGUAAAAAGAAAGAAAAGGAAGACCUCGAAGAAAUCACCACCGAGCUCGAGUUAGCAGACGAAGAUGAGCCCAUUCAGUACAAGGUUGGCGACACAUUCUACGCUGUAAAGCUUCCAAUAGCACAGAAACUCCUUGAGACUUCGACUGGAGAGACCGAGGAAGAGGUGACGAGGCUUGAGGAUGAGUUGUCGUCGAUGAAGGAGGGUAUGGACUCGUUGAAAGCUCAUCUCUACGCUCGAUUUGGUAGAGGAAUCAAUCUAGAAGGUUGA